CUCAAUGAUGAGGCAAGUCGACGUCUAACAUGAUAACAGUUUCAGUAUAAUUCGAGAGGGUACAGAUCAGAACUCCACAUGCACUUGGGGAACUCAACGCUUCUCUCUUUCUCUACAAACUCUGCUUAAGGAAGGAACGAGAGGGAGGACUCAACGGUUUUUGGUUUUGCUUGUUUCUGGUUCCUUGUGUUAAAUCAUUUUUGUAAUGGUGAACCUCAAAGAUCAUGACAUGGGAGAAGGGAUGCAAUGCUUAAAACAUCCUUAUACAAAGAACCUUGGUGGGAUAUGUGCAUUGUGUCUCCAAGACAAACUCGGUAAGCUCGUCACCUCCUCUUUCCCUCUCUCUAAACCUAACCACCCUUCUUCUUCCUCCUCUUCCUCUUCUUCGGCUAAUCUUAUCUACAAGAGAAGCAAGUCGAUGGCUGCUUCUUACGGUGAGAGUUUCAGCCAGAGGAAACGAAGUGGGUUCUGGUCGUUUCUUCAUCUCUACUCUUCCAAACCCCAAGUCACCACCAAAAAAGUCGACAACUCUAGCCAUUCUUCGAGACCAAGAAACCAGAUCGAUAAGGAGAAGCACCAGACAACAGAGACAUCGAAGCAGGUCGUUGGUGGGGGCAUUGAUGUGAUAGUUGAGAGCCCUUGUAACAAAGAGGUUGCAGAAACGCCAACAAACGAUGUUGGUAGUGGUGGUGGAUCGUCUUUUGGGAGGAAAGUGUUGAGGUCAAGAUCUGUCGGGUGUGGAAACAGAAGCUUCUCCAGUGGGUUAGGAGAUUGUGCCUUGAGAAGGACUGAGUCACAGAGAGAACACACGAAGGUUAUUAGUAAUGGUGGUUGUGAAGCAGCUGAUGGGAUGAGUGAAAUGGUGAAAUGUGGUGGUAUCUUUGGAGGGUUUAUGAUCAUGACACCAUCAUCAGCAACUUCAACAUCAUCAACAGUUAAUCAUCAUCAUAAACAUAAGAUGGCGAAUAGGAGCGCAUGGGGAUGGGCAAGUCCAAUGAGAGCCAAGACUACUCAUAGAGGUCACAAAAACACAACUCCAAACUUGGACUCAAUUCCUUCGUUGGUUACUAUGAAAAGCUAA